AUGUUCGGACUUGCGCGCGUUUGCGCUUUUGCGGGCGUUGCGCUUGCGACGACGCAGCCAUGGUUCGAAGACACACUCGUCGCUCGCGACCUCGAAAUUCGACAAGAUAAACCUAAAUGCGAUCCCAAGGGCUACACAUCGCUCAACGGCCUCAACUUCACAUCUUUCUGCGACCAGAACAACCCGUUUAACGAUGCGCAAGACCCCUUCAAAACCUCCACAAUGGAGGACUGCAUAGAGCACUGCUCGCGCUUCUGGGGCAAGCAAGAAGGCUGCUUCGGUAUCGUCUGGGCCGGCAACGGCAACUGCUGGCUCCGCAACAGCACCACCAGCACCGCGGGCCUGACCCCCAGCCCCGGCGACCACUCCGCGCUCGUCGUCGACAACCAGAUGAAGCCCCUCGACACAAAGUGCCCCGCGCCCGACGCCAGCGUCAACAAACUGUCUGGCGUGGACGGCAUGGCAUACACGAUGAACUGCGGCAAAGUGAUAUCCGGGUUCGACGCAUGUUUCUCCGACUUCCCCAAGCCGUGCCUCACGGAGCCGUACAAGGGCUUCUUCCACACGGAGACGAUCGAGGAGUGUCUACGCAUCUGCGUCGACCAGCAGCCGCUGUGUAAAGCCGUAUCCUGGUCGCCCGACCUGAAAAUCGGCUUCGCGAACUGCUGGCCGAAAACCGAAUACUCCCAGGGCAGUCUGCGCUCGCCGGGCCCCACCGCAGGCGUCAUCCACACGGCGACCAUGACGCAAAUCGACGCCGUGGACAGUAAAUGCCCCGACAAGAAGAGCUAUGUCAAGGAAAAGAACGAGUUUGAGAUUCGUUGCGGGCAGACGAGUUCGGGGCUCAACAUGACCAAUCUGCACACGCAGAACCUGACAUCCUGCAUGGAUGCGUGCGCGUCCAGCACACAGAAAUGCGUGGGGGUGGUCUUCGACUCCAGCCUGAGCGGGGGCUUCAAGAAUUGCUAUUUGCAGAAUACGACGAAUACGGUGUCGGAGUUGGCGGUCGCGACAUAUGCGGCUAUGAGUUCUUCAUCUUCUUCGUCUUCUGGCUCGAAUAACAACAACAACAACGGCAACGGGUCAUCCAGCUCCUCUUCUUCUUCUUCUUCCUCCUCUUCCUCAUCGUCAUCAAAAGCCUGGAUCGCCGGCCCCGUAAUCGGCGGCAUAGCCUUCCUCGCACUCCUCGCAUUCCUCGCAUUCUUCUGGCGCCGCCGCAAAGCGCGCUCCGCAUCUGCCGUCGCGGAAAAAGACGGCCGUGAGUUUGGCCAGUACGGCGCGGCGCCGGCGUACAGUCCAGGCGGUGCCGCGGCUCCGACGCCAGGAGGUUUCUACGACCCCCCGCCGCAUGCUGGCGCGCACUCGCGGUUUGCGAAUGAGCCCGUGGAGAUGAAUGGGCAGGGCGGAGAGGCGAGGGAGUUGCCGACGACGGAUAAGUAUGCGCAUGCGGAUGCGAAGGCGAGCAGGCCGGCGCUGCAGGAACUGCCUUGA